AUGAAGAGUUUUAAAAGUGUCAAUCCGUCAACAAUCGCUGUGGAUAGAAUCGCUGUUGUUUGCUGGUUCAGUCGAUACUUCCAGUUCGGUAUUAUACGUUUAUCAAUCAUAGUGAAGUUACACAUGAUUUCAGAGUGUUCCUUUCCGAUCAAGAUGCCACAGUCAGAUAUAAAAAUGAACCAUCUGCCUUGGGUUGAAAAAUAUCGGCCAGCUACUUUAGAUGAUCUAGUUUCGCGGAAAGAAAUCACUGAUACCAUUUCGAGAUUUAUCAAAGAAAAGCGACUGCCUCACCUUCUGUUUUACGGCCCGCCCGGUACAGGAAAAACCAGUACAAUUUUGGCCGCAGCAAAGUUAAUGUGUACACCAAAGCAGUUUCCUUCGAUGGUUUUGGAGCUAAAUGCAUCUGAUGAUCGUGGUAUUGGGGUUGUCCGUGAACAAAUUAUAUCUUUUGCUCAGACUAGACUCUUACAUGCAAGUGAGAACGAAAAAGACUCUGUUAAACUCGUUAUCCUGGAUGAGGCUGAUGCCAUGACAAAAGAUGCUCAAAACGCUUUGAGAAGAGUCAUUGAAAAAUUCACUGACAACGUUCGAUUCUGCAUUAUUUGUAACUAUCUUUCUAAAAUAAUUCCUGCUAUACAAUCGCGGUGUACCAGAUUUCGUUUUGCGCCCUUGAACGAGGUUGAGAUCAGAAAUAAAGAUAUGUUGCCUCGUUUACGGUUUAUAGCGAAGGAAGAGAAGGUGAAAUUAACAAAAGAUGGCGAACAAGCUUUAAUUAGAUUGUCAGAGGGUGACAUGCGUUUGGUUUUAAACAUAUUACAGAGUACGGCAAUGGCUUUUGCGGAAGUUAAUGAGAAAAAUGUAUAUUUAUGUGUGGGACAGCCAACUCCGGCGGAUGCUAUGGAAGUGAUUCGGAAUCUUCUGAAUGAUUCUUUUGAGGAAGCAUUUAAAAAAAUUGAAAAGAUGCGAGUACUACGGGGAUUUGCUCUGGCAGACCUUAUCCGCUCAAUGCAUGACACAGUCUUCCAGCUGGAUGUUCCCGCCGAAGUGACGUGCCGUUUGAUCGAAAGAAUGGCAGAAAUUGAAUUUCGUCUUUCACGUGGUUGUACUGAUAGGAUUCAGCUUGCGUCUUUAAUAUCUGCAUUUAUUGAUGCUAGAGUGUCAAUUGAAAAAAUUGCUCCCAACGACGAUGAUAUGGAAACAGAUUAG